CAGGAGAACUCUAGGCACUCUGUCUGUCUCUGCCUUAUCACAGACGACCGGAGCCCCAGCAGGAGCACACACAGCACGAUGGCCACGGACUUUGUGCAGGAAAUGCGCUCUGUGGGUGAAAGGCUGCUGCAGAAGCUGCGAGAGCUGCCCCAGGCCGAGCCAGUGGAGCUCGUGGCCUUUUCCAUCAUCGUCCUUUUCACAGCCACUGUCCUGCUGCUGCUGCUCAUAGCCUGCAGCUGCUGCUGCGUUCGCUGCUGCUGCCGCCGAGAGCCAAGAGGCAGGAAGGUCCAGGUGCAGCCCAUGACCCCCCCAUGAGGGAAGGUGGUGAGAUGGCUGAAGAGAAGCGGCACAAGCCUGCCAAGAGCCAAGUCAUGAGCUGUGGACCUGCCCUGUGGCUCUCACCCUUGCAGACAAGGACCACCAGAUGCCAAGACACUUGGAGUCUAAGCAAGGAAACAAGGCCGGACGCAGGCACAGAACUGCAAAGCCCAUUUGCCAGUGGACACUGGGUUUGGAAAAGGAGUUGACUAUUUCAAUGAUUCAGUAAAGUGAGUCCUCUGCCAACCUGAACUUCUUAACAAAACAAGGACGCGAGGCUCCCCAUGUUUUGACAAAGAAUAGCCAUACCUUCAAGGAGUUGGCCCUUGGGGCUCUGCUAAUUCAGGCUGAAGAGGAGCAAGCCAACCAGAGGGACUUUGUGCAAUAGCUACUGGAUUCCAAGUUCCCACCAGAGGUGGGAGAUGUCAGUAUUCUAGCCCAACAUUUGCCUGCUUGUUUCCCAGUAAAAAGCUUUUGGUUACGUGUUUUUGAGGUUGGCUGGGCUCUGUGCAUCAGGGGGUGGUGCCCAGAAUUCAAGGGGCAUGUCUAGUCACUGUUCUUUCCAGGCCACUGCUCUUCCUGUACCCAUUAAAGCUGGAAAAUCACAUAGGGAUGAAGGCCACACAGGCAGUUAAUGCCAUGGAACCAGUGGAGGGGAGCAUUACCACUCCCGACCUGCAUUUAGACACCAUUGGGCAUCACUGUUGCCUGCUCCAGGGAAGCCCUUAGGAUGAGGAACACCACUUAGCAUUUUCACUGUUCAUGAACUUCUCUAUACCCUGCAUAAUCAGGCUCAGGCUACUGUAUCCUCUCAGAUUUCUGCAGUCAGAGAAAUCAGGCCCCCUAGUACUGUCCUAUAAACUGCAUCCUGAUGCACUGGCCUGUCUAUGCUCAGGCUCUCAUCUGUCACCAGCUGUGUGACUCAACGUCCCCAAGUGAAGCCUCCUCCCCAGUGAGAUGGGCUAAUCCUGGCAUUUACUUCCUGGGGCAAGCUAAAUGAUCUAUGAAUU